AUGUAAUAUUAUCAAGAUUGUAAGUGUUUGUAGGUAUGGUGUGUAGUGUGUAUGGUCUUAUAAUCUCUUUAUUUAAUUAACCCAAAGUGUGAAAUGUCCGACUCCGAAAUAGAUAAUUUUGAGAUGGAUAAUUAUAAACUAAGAGACAAACAAAAAACAUUGGAAAUUGAUAAAAGUGUUGAAAAUAUUCAAAGAGAUGACAUGUGCACUGGAAAUCAUGUUGAACUUACAUCAAAUAUGCAUGAACUGCAGGAUAAUAAUAAAAGUGAUCUUAUGGCAAAAGAACAACUUGAAAAUGUAUUAAAUCAGCAAGCUAAUGUAAUGGAUCCAACUUCACAUACAGAACUACUACAUUUUGAAGAUAUGUCAUCUGAAUCAGAAAAUCUAGUUGAUAAUUAUUAUUCGCCUGGCCUAGAGACUGAAUCAGAAAUAUGCAAAAACAGUUCAGAUGGUAUAUCAUUAGGGUUUGAAAGCAUAAAUAGUGAGAUGACAUAUGUAACACCUAAAUGCAUGAAUAAAGAAAUGUAUAAUAGCCAACUGAUCAUACUAGAACCAAAUAAUCCUGUUAUGGUAAGAUUUCAGAAGACACUGAAAUUACAUUUAUUAAAACAAAGAGAAAACAUCAAAAAAGAAUUACAAACACUUGAUGGCUCAAUUAGAUCCAAACAAAAUAAAAAAUCUUUAUUUAUAAAUGAAAUAAAUAAUGUAGCUAGUCAAGUUGAAACUCAGCAUAGGUUAUUAAAUGAAUUCCAUAGAAUGAAACUGGAAUUAGAAACAACAAAAGUACGUGUGGAGGAAUGUAUUAACCAAGGAAAACAACACUAUACCGAAUUUCAUACAAAAACUAUAAUUGAAUCAAAAAAAUCUUCAGCUUUAAAAAGACAACUAGAUUGUAGUCAAGGACUUUUAAAAGAACUAUUAAAGUAUGAAAAAGAACAAGAAAUCACAUUUAAUGUUUGUAAUCAAAAAAAAUCUGAAGCUAAGCAAUACAAAAAAAAAUUGUUAAAUGAUCAACAGAAACAGGAUUUGUUAUUAUUGUCUUUAACCCAAGAAAUUCUUCGAUUGGAAGAUCGCAUGAAACAAUUAGGUGAACAGGCAGAGACUAAGUAUAAUGAAAGAGAAUUUUUGAGACAAAAAGUUAUGGACAAUUCAACAGAUCUUGAUGCUAUUAAUGAAGAUAAUGCUAAGAUUACAUUAUUAUGGAAUGAUGUUUUAAUUAGUAUUCAACAACGUGAUAAAUGUUUUCUAAGGACAAAAAAUGAUUUUCAAGAAGCAAAAAAUAAAUAUCAUACAUUAUUAAUGGAAGCAAACAGUUACAAACGUAGUGCCCAAGAUGAAUUUCAUAAAAAUAAAGAUCUAUUCAAUUAUUUGAACAAAUUGAAACGAGAACAAAAUAAUGUGCAAAAUAAUUUUAAAACGUGUUUAGAUAAAUUCAACUGCUUGAAAGAAGAAUAUUCUAAGCUUAUCCAAAUAACAGAAUUUCAACACCAAAACUUAGAUCAAGUUACAUUGGAUCAAAACUCUAUAACAAAUGAAACAAAUAAUUUAUUACAUUUGUUAAACAAAGUAUCAAAUCAAAAAUUAAAAUAUGAAGAAGAUAUUUUGGAUGAAAUAAAAAAACAGUUAUUUUCGAAUAAUUAUUGUGUUCAGAUAAAUAACAAAAUAUCAGAAAUUAAAGUUCAAAAUAAAGAACACGAAUUAUUAUUAGCUGGAGUUGAGAACAAUUUAUCUAAGGCUUUAUUAAAACUAGAACAAUGUCGUACAACAAGUUUUAAUUUAGAACAAGAUAUAGUAGAAAACACUAAAUAUCUGAAUGAUCAAGGAUUUGCAUUAUCUGCAUUAGAUUCUGAAUUGAAGAAAUUGUAUACUGAGAUACAAACUAAAACAAAACACAUUGAUUUAGAAAAUAAACAAUUGGAAAUAGUGAAAAAAUUACAUGAUGCAAGUUAUAUCUUGACUCCUCAAAUGCAAAUCGAUCAAGUUAAAAAUAAAAUUGAUGAAGUAGUAAAAGAAACUAAUUCCAUGAAACAAUCUUGGAUUCAAAAACAAAAUAAAAACAUACAAUUAUUAGCUCAACUUAAUAAUCAGUUUAAUGAACUUGUAAAAGUACGCAAAUAUGAUUUAGUAAUGGAUACAAAAAAUAAAAAACUAGAAAAAGAAAUUGUGUCUUUAUCCAAAGAAGUUUGCCAGUAUAAACAAAUACUUACAAACAUGAGAAAUACAAUUUUGAAACUUAAUGAACAUUUUAGCCAAAAUAAAGGGAAAAGUAGUAUGCUUUUGAAUGAAAAUGAAUGGAUACAGUGUUCUUAUUUAGCCGAAUUAAAGGAAAAUGAGAAACUGUGUUUAGAAUACAUGGAUCAAUUAAAGUUAUUAAAAAAUGAAUUGAAUGAAUUAAAAAAUGUAUAUAUGGAAAAACAACGUGAAAGUAAAUCAUGGGAUACCAAACUUCUAUUGCUUGUUGAAAUGAAAAAAGAAAUUAAGAACAAAGAAGGUGAUUUAGGUGAUAUUGAUAUUAUGAAAAAUGAAAUUCAUAGAAUGCAGAUAAGAGAGUGUCAAUUGAAAAAAAUAUUGGAAAAAAUAAUGUUAGAUUUAGAAGUAUGCAUAUCAAGACGUGAGACAAUUUACAAUAAAGUUGCAGCCAAGGAUAUUCGUUUAAAGGGGAAAAAUGAAGCUAAACAAAAAUUUUUGAAGAAGCUUGAUUAUCUGCGAAUAAAUAUCAAAAAAAUUAAAACUGAAUGCAAAAAGUUAGAUCCAAUUAUAAGUGGUUUAGAAAAUGAUAAAAUUAAAUUGGAGAAUAAACUUGCAUACUUAAAAAAUAGUAUGAUCAAUAUUGAAAAGAGUAUUAAUGAUAUCUUAAGAAAUAUUGAAGAUAUUGGAGCUACAAAAAUUAAGAACAUUCAUAUUUUAAGCUACAAACAAAACUAUGCCAAAUUCUUGGAUACAGUUAAAAAAGGACACUACCGUUUGCUGAUAAAAAGUGAAUUAAAAAUGAAUGAUGAAUUUUCUGACGAGUGGAAGAAAAAUUCUGACUUAAUAAGUGUCGUAGAUGCUUUGAAAAACGAUUUUCCAUUCUUGGAUUUUCAAAUUACACGUUUGUUAUGUAUUUUGAAGUCUAUUGACAAUAAGUCAUAGUAAAUAGUAUAUACUAUAGUUAAUAAAAAAAAAAAAACCUACUUAACUAACAAGUAACAACUGUAAACUGUAAUUAUAAAUUUAAACGGAUAUAAAUUUAUUUUGAGACAGUAUUUUGACAAAUCACAAAUCGAUGUCCUACCCUCAAUAAUAUUAUUCUCUAUAUUUUUUUAAGUGGUUGAUUUUAUUUAAAGAUUAUGUUACGUGUAGGUCUGAGUUAAUCAACAAUAUUCAUCCAUGAGUGAUGUCCUAAUAGCAUAGCCAUUUAUUAUUUAACUUGUAUUGAGAUUUGAGUUACAUUUCACAGUUUACACAUUCUUUGUUAAUUGUGCACUUUGGUAUUGUACUUAUUCUAAAUUGUAUA